AUAUCGCGAUAAUAUAGUUACGACCAACGGAUUAUACAGCGAUCCUCACAGCGUGGUAUAAGUCCGACUUAUAGCAUGUACAGCAAAGAAUGAAGAUGAAGAAUAGCAGAGCUAGCUGUGUUGUGUGAAGAUCUAAGGAUGUCAGUUCAGUCGGUGGUCAGCCGUCUUCGAGGAAAGAGCUUCACAAUUUCAGAGGUUAUGUAAAAAAUAAUUUAUCCUCCGUCAUGUAUAUUUCGUUGUUAUUGCAACAAUUCAAAUAUUCUGCAUAAACAUAAAUAUAGUGCGGUCAGAUUAUACACAGACGAUGAAAUUUUCAUAUAUUUAUCGUUUCAUCUCGAGCCAUAAUUUUAUGUGUCAAGAAUAAUAUGAAGAUAAUUAAAAAAUUUAAGUAGUUAUAUUUAAUCGAAACUCAAUUUCAUGAAGCAAAGUUACAUUUUAUAGUCAGAAGAAUUAGGAAAAAGUCAGUAAUAAAAAAAAAAAAAAAGAACUGAAAAACAUUGGACAUUAAAGUAUAUAUCGUUGAUUUUGAAAAGUACGUAAAUUUUCAAUACAUCUAAACUGUGUUGCCCAUUACGCAGAUAAUGUGAACGGAAUAAUAAAAUUUACAUUUAACGUAAUAUAGAGUGAGAAUAUUGUGAGCGCAUCAAGGACGAACGUUACUGCACUUUAUCGACGUAAACCGUAAUUAUAACUUAUUAUGCGAAUAAUAAGGACAUAGCUGAUCGUCGAUAAUUAUAAGGACAGUUUACAUGCAUAAACGUAUUACGGUGAUUAUGAUGAAACAGUUAUCGCUUGUAACCUAACAAAAGACAAAAAUCCUGGCAUCGUAUUUUGUCUACUUUUCUUCCUCUCUCUUUCUUCAAAAGAUAAAUUUCAAAGUGCAUCGAUUUGAUACUUCGAAUACUUCAAUCGUAUAAUAAAAAUGAAGAAUUUAUUUCUUGUUUGACGGGUAAUCAAUGUACCUACACCUAUCGAUCAUACAAUACUAAUGUCACCAUUGAUAAUGUGUGGAAAAUUUUCUAGUGAUAAAAAAUAAAGAAGAAAAACUAACGAAAUUGAAUAUAAAAAAAAAAAACUUAAUUGAAAUUGAGACAGAAAUAAUACCGUGUAAAAUCUAUUAUACCUGUAAUAAAUAAUAUAAAAACAUGGCAUCCAUGUGCGGCAGCACCAAAAGUUAUCCGCCUCCUUUAACUACCGGCAGUUUCUACAGGCCGGGAAACAAUUAUCCUUACCAGAGUGAAUAUUACCUGCCACCGAGGUCAGCUUGGUACAGGGUACCGCCGCAUAUGAACAAAAAUGGAAAAGAAACUAGAAAAUGGAAAAUCAGCAGCGCUGUUUUAAUAAUAGCCGCAAUGCUCGUACUCGUCGUCGUCCUGGCGGUCGCGGGUCUGGCUUUGUGGAUGGGAGCUCUCAGAACGGACCCGACAAAUGCUGUCGCGGGAUUUGCAUGCAGUUUUCGCAUCGUACGUGGAGAACGGUACAAUCCGAUGUUGAAGUUAAACACCAGUAUGGUGUUCCGUGAAAAAGAACGGAAGUACAAAAAUAUAUUCGAACUAAUGUUCAGAAGAAGCGUUCUCGCCGGUGCUUACAAACAGACAAUGAUAGACAAGUUUGAAAAUGGAACGCUCAAGGUAUUCUUCAGACUGUAUCUUGACCGCAGGAAGGUACCGAAGUCGAUCACUAACCUUGAAGACACAAUCGCCGAUAUUCUAGCUAAGGAAACGUACUCGGCCACUUCACUCUUCAAAAAUAUGGAACUGGACCUGACGAGUAUUUCGGUUAAAAAAUUGGGUCAGGAGAAUAUCCUCAAUCCAAAACAACAACAACAACAGCAGCAGCAACAGUCUGGAGAGAAAAAAAAUACGAUGAUAACGAAAAACGGUUUAUUGCGUCCAAAUUUAAGAAAUACUUCCACAGUUGUGGCGACAAAGAUUUUGCCGUCAAAAUCGUCAAAGAUUGAACCUGACGAGGCCGACAUCGACUUCAGUAACAUACCGACUAUCCAGGGAACCUACAAAGUGACGAAACUUAACGAAACUUCGACUCGAAAACCUUCUGGAAUUGGAACGACUCCGAAGAGGGGCAAUAAUACCAGAGAUAACACCACGACUACGAAAGUCCCGGAAAAUUUCGACGCGAUCGAUAAGGUGGCUGAGAAACCCAAAACUACCCGAAAAGAAGUAGAUAUGACGACCGAGAGCGUGACGACCGCUAAAUUACGAAGGAAUUCAACGGUUACAUCGAGGCCCAAGGUCACCGCAGACCGCACCAGAACGACCACGAUGACGACGCCUUCGAUGGCACCGGAGAAAAAACCUUACAGAGAUUUCGUUGACCCAGAAUUUGAAACAUCACCGUGGAGGCCGAUUAUUCCAGGCUUUGUCAACACGGAACUCAAACUACUUCCUCUGAAUGGAAAUGAAACUUCUUCGAAGCAUGGCUCGGUUCUAAUAAAAGCUGAUUCUAGCGCGACGCACGGUGAUCUGGAUAUCAAAGGUACCGGUGAAAACGUUGCCACGGUUUUUAAAGAGGGACAAAGUUCGGAGAGGCCAAACUUUUCCGAAAAAGUUGUACCGGCGAUACCGGAAGAACGGCUUCCUCACGGAUCGUUUCCCGCGGCUACCGGUAGCAACGGAGAACCAGUUUUACUAUCGGAGGACAAAAACCCGUUUACAUUUACACCCGGAGAAACUAAUCAAAAAUUUAAGGAUGCCCCGGUGACGAUCGACGUUCGCAGGGACGAUCUGGAAGCACUUCCUCACGACAGAAUCGUUCCGCAGGAAAUGGUGAACUUUCGCGUCAACGGGAAAUUCAAAAACAAAAUACCCACCGGACUGAUAGAACAGGAACCGCUAUUCGAAGACGAAGUGCAUCGUAGCAAGGAACGCCUCGACGCCAUUGAAGUCUCCGACGUUUCGCCGCUCCAAAAAACUUACAGCGUUCACGUCAGUUCUUCGGGAAAUUUUCAACGUACCACCAGCGAUUUGGAUCACGUGACCGUCCCGUACGACGGGCAAAAAGCACAAUUACCCCCCGAAAAUUUCGGGUCUCAGUACUUGCAGAUGGGAAUGGGGAUCAGGUCAACGCCAAAGACGCCGAUUGACCUGAAAAAGGUAUACGUCAACAAUAAACCCGUCAGCGAGUACCCGAAUUUUCAACUUCCAACGUUUGAAAUGAACGCGGCGAAAGUGGAAAUCGCAGGUGUAGGGGAGGCAGAAGUUGUUCUUGACGUAGCUGAAUUGGAGCCAAAAAAUCGGUAUUCGGAAAUCGAAGCCCUCGACGACGACGACGAUAUAUUGCGACCUGAAAAUUUGAUGCAAGAUAGAAAAGCCACGCAAAAUUCUCCGUCUAGAAUUUCAGAGCCCGUUUACACUAGCUACAAAAGUCCGGAUUUAAACGGAGAAGCGAAACCAAGUCUCGUCGAAAAUCCUGGGACCUUGAGACCCUUCAGACACACUAUUCCCGUGGAUAAAAUAAAUUCCGUAGUUUUGAAUACAAGUCAGUUGAAUUCAACGCGAGAAAUUGUCCGUCACGAGAUCACAGCCGACGAACGAUUUCACAAAAAUGUUAGUUCCGAAGUGAAAAAACCUCAUACAGAUAUCGCAGCAACGACGGAUAGUUCGGCGGAAUUGAUCAACAAAAACGAAGAGUCGUACGAGUACGAGGACGAGGGGGACGCCGAAAUCGGAGCGGAGGUCGGUGAUCAUUUUUGGGAAGAGUCGUCUACGAUAUCCUGGAGUGAAACGGAGAACGCUUCGGGGCUUCCUCCAAAAAAAUCGAACCUCGAAUUGGCGGACAACGUUCCUCCCGCAGAGGCGGAGGACUCCUCAGGCGUCAUGAUAGACGACGAGAAAACGCUGAAACACACCACGACCGAACUUUACUCCGAGAUGUUACAUCCUCUGAAUAAUAAUGGUCAGAAAAUUGUUACCGUCGAAGGUAAUCGCGAGACGGAAGUCCGACUUCCGUUGACUACGGCGCCUGGAAGGAAUUCGACGUUCGUUAAAAUCGACACGGUCAAAUAUGCGCCGGAGGAUUCGCCUGGGGAAAAUAAUCAUCCCCCGAAGGAAGAGGUUAAAACUAAAAUCUACAACGACACCCUCAGGGCUAACGUUGUAGAGAAUCUCGUUACUCUUGCCCCGGCAAAGAGUAACAGCGGAGUCGGAAGGCCUGUGAGGCCGCGGCCCAAGAUCAACGGAAGUGAAGCUGAAGAGAAUUUCGAUUCAAGGGCGGAAGACGCGACGGAAGAAGACGAAUUUAGCGACGACGGAAGCAGCGAGGCGGUUAGAAAUUUCGACAAGUCACCUCUGGAGCAAAUAGUCGAGGUCAUAACAUCGAUCAGCACUCAAACUUCUUCCCAUGAGGAACGAAAAGGCGACGGGGAAUCUGAACCACCUGAAAACUUUUCCAUUAAUUUUGACGAGAUUUCCGAGGCGAAAGACGUUAAGAGGAAUUCCGAAAAUCCUGAGGAGGGUUCACCGGCUUUUAGCGAAGAGGGGGAAGAAAAGAUAUUCACGGAAGUACAAGCACCCCAAAUUACCGGGGAAUUCAAAAUAGCAUCGAAUUCCGAUAGGAAAAUAUCCAGCCACCAAGAGAGCAUAAUGCUUUUAGAGAAGCUGAAACAAUUCGCCAAAGUCAGAACAGACACUUUGACGAUAUCAACUAAACAGGACACCGAGACGGUGAAUAAAUUCGAAACCGUCACGCCGAUUUCAAGACCGGAAGUGCAGGAUAUCGACCACCCUGCUAAUUUUGAAGAACUAUCAAAACUCGCCGCUGUUUCAACCGGAAACAAAGUGAAUCCAAGAAAUGAAACGGCUGACUUUACUCUCAGCAGAGACGGGGUGAAAAUUCUCACCAAGGUUCUUAACAAAGCCGAAGAAAGGACGGAGAAAAUGCGCUCCAGUACAGAAGAAAUUGAAGUAAAAAAUCUCGAUACCAUCCCGGAAACCUGCGAGGGAUUUCAAUGCAACGACGGAAAAUGUCUUCCGGCUGGGGCGAGGUGCAAUAUGCUGAGAGAGUGCUCUUCUUCGGAAGACGAAACGAACUGCAGAUGCGCUGAUUUUCUGAAAGCGCAAUUACUCUAUCAAAAGAUUUGCGACGGUACUCCGGACUGUUGGGAUUAUUCGGACGAAACCGAUUGCGAAUGGUGUAAAGAAGGGCAAUACGUAUGUGGCAACAGCAGAGCCUGCGUGAAUCCUGAUAAAGUUUGCGACGGUUUUCGAGAUUGUCCGGGAGGGGAGGACGAAAAGAAAUGCGCGGCUUUGAUAGACGAUAAUUUUUCGAUGACCGAGAGCAACAAUGCAAGCAGAGAAAACAUCCAAGUCGGAAAUAUAUCGCUGUUGAAAAUAGAGGACGAAGUGAAACCAGAAGUCGAGCGCGGCGACGACCAGAUUCCCUCAGUUCUAGAAGGGAGAAAUUUCGCAACUACGGAAACCGACCAGGAAAUGAUGGAGUCUUCCAUUCUGGAGACUACGACAUUCCGCAUCGUUGUUAGCGGCGAUAUGAAAUCAAAUUUUAGCGAGACGAGUACGAGACGUACGUCGGAUGGAUCCCAAAUUAUUCAACCUGCAGUUUCCGGAAGAGAAAUAAGCGCGAAUACAAGAUCGACAGCGGUUCAUGGUAACUCUUUUAACCACAUUCAGGUGAAAACUACGGAAAGCAUAAGGAAAAAUGAAGUGGACGACUACAACGAUAAGGGAUUUUUGAGCGUCAGGAAAAACGGUAAAUGGGGAAAACUUUGUCUCACUGGCAUGGACAAUCUCCUCGAAAGAAAACGAACAAUUUGGACUAUCGAGGACCUGGGUCAGGCUGUUUGCAAAGCGAUUACUUAUCAAGAUUAUGAGAAGGUUGAAAAGGUGCGACUCGAAAGAUCAAAGUUGACAGAUGACCAAUACUACAGUUUGGUGUACAACGAAAAGUCAGCGGACAAGACCAGUCUCACAUUUAAAUCUUCAACCUGCCCAAGUGGCGAAGUGUUGAGAGUGAAGUGCAAGAAUUUAGAGUGCGGCGUUCGAACCCAGACGCCUUCCCAGGCCAGAUGGACUUUUUCUCGGCGUUCCAGAAUCGUAGGAGGAGGAAGUUCUACCUCCGGUAGCUGGCCCUGGCAAGUCGCGCUGUAUAAAGAAGGCGAUUAUCAAUGUGGUGGGGCUCUAAUCGGUGACAAAUGGAUUCUCUCCGCAGCCCACUGCUUUUAUCACGCACAAAAUGAGUACUGGGUUGCAAGAAUAGGCACAACCAGAAGAGGUAGUUUUCCUAGCCCGCACGAACAACUGAUUCGUGUCGAUCAGAUAUCACUGCACCCCGACUACGUCGACAAUGGAUUUAUAAAUGACAUUGCUGUAUUGAAAUUAGAGAAGCCGACAACAUUCAGCGACUAUGUGAGGCCAGUCUGUCUUCCAAAAAGCGAACCCAAGGGUGGCGAGAUGUGCAAGGUCACUGGAUGGGGUCAACUCUUUGAAGUUGGCAGAGUGUUUCCUGACACCCUUCAGGAAGUAGAACUGCCAGUUAUAUCAACGGAAGAAUGUCGGAGAAGAACAUUAUUCCUACCACUUUACAGAAUAACUUCAGGCAUGCUGUGUGCUGGACUGAAAGAUGGGGGUAGGGACGCCUGCCUAGGAGACAGCGGAGGACCCCUUGUCUGUCCUGAGUCAAACAAUAAAUACACGCUGCAAGGCAUUACUUCGAAUGGUUACGGUUGUGCGAGACCUGGACGACCAGGAGUCUACACAAAAGUCCAUAAUUACGUUUCUUGGAUUGAACGAGUUAUGGUUCAGGAAGAACUGUCAACGUCAACAUCACUGUGCAAGGGUCACAGAUGUCCCUUGGGGGAAUGUCUACCAAAAUCACGCGUUUGUAACGGAUAUCUCGAGUGUUCGGACGGCAGCGAUGAGCUGGGAUGCUCAAUUAAUUAAUCAACUGAGUAGACUCGACUUCUAGUACGAAUUGAAAACAAGUGCAUUGCAUAUCAAGUACCUAAAUCAUGAGCGAUUAAUUGUUACAUAGGUUCGAUCAUAUGACUCACAAGCAGAAGUUUACGACCCACGUUGAUUAUGAUAAAUUUGUAAAUAAGUCAAAGCAAACUUCGGAGAGAUGACUGAAACUAUAAGGUACUGAAGCCCGAUAAUAAUCUUAUUCCAGAAUCUAAAUUAAACGUGAUUAAAUUAUGUUAAUGUUAAUUUUAAGUAGUGUAGUUACUUUACUAGCUCAACGUUACGAGCAGUAUUGGGGAUCAUUCUAUGAUAGAUAGAAUUCUAUAUAGAUCGAAUGCACCCUGAACUGCGGACAUCGAGGACAUACUUACAAUGAGCAACUUACAUAGUAAUAUCAGUAGAAUAGCAUACGUAUACCUGUCUUAAAAAACGUAUAAUGAAAAUGAUUAUUUAAUAAUGUGAUAUACCUAUGACCAAUGUUCAGUUUUAAAUACUGAGCAAUGAUAAUUCUCAAUUCCUUAUAGCAGGGGUGCUUGAGGGAAUUGUUGAAUUGCUCCUGACGAAAGCCUGGCAAUUCGGUUUUUAUUCUAAAAAAAACAAACCCUAAGGCCAUGUAAUUAGAAUAACUGUUUUAAAAUUAAUUUCGUUUUAGCCUCUUAUCGGGCGUAUACUUAUACCUGUCUGUAAAUACUUAUAUUUGUAUAGCAAUAGGCAAUAGUAUGGCGAAAAAAAUAAAAAAUUUAUUUGUAAAACACAAUACGUGAGUUCUGACCUAAAGAAGAGAAUUUGGAUAGUGGACAGAGUGAGGGAAUGACUUGAGAUGUUUCUUCUUAUGGAAUUGCGUAGUUACUUUUUGAGUACACACUUUAUUUGACAAAAAAGUUUGAGUUAGACACAAAAUGGAAGGUAAUUCCAAAUUAACCGCCAAUGACUGGUCAAUUUUUUGAUGUUGAAAGAUUCAAAUGAUUUUAAGUAAACUAAUGAACGGAUGUAGAAGCUAAAAAUAAAGCUGUUUACGUAUGUUUUUUUUUUCCUACAUUUUUUAGAAUUCUAAUCCAAAA